AUGCCAAACCCACUCGCCCACGCCAAGAUUGUUCCCCGCCUCUCUAGCGAACGUGGAUACGCUGAACAUGGCGGCUGGCUCAAAUCAUUCCACACUUUCAGCUUUGCCAGCUAUUACGACCACCGAUUCCAGAACUUUGGAAGUCUACGUGUACUAAAUGAGGACCGCGUCGCAGCACGAAAUGGCUUCCCAACACAUCCCCACCGCGACGCGGAGAUCUUUAGCUAUAUCCUGAAUGGCGAGCUCACGCACCGUGACAGCAUGAUUAAAAAGGGUGCGGAGGCCGGGCAAGGGAAACAAUUCUACCGCAUGCAGCGGGGUGAUGUGCAGUUCACCACUGGCGGAACAGGGAUUGCGCACUCGGAGCAGAACGAAUCCAACAAGUCGGUGCACUUCCUCCAGAUCUGGGUACUCCCCUGGAAGUAUGGCCUCAAGCCCCAGUACCAUACAAUGACUUUUAGCGAGGAAGCGAAGCGCAAAGCCUUCGUUCCUAUUUUGUCGCCACUUGCUGCGGGUCCUCAAGCAACCCCGGCACAGGAAGAGACCGCUGCUCCUAAGAUUCCUGGCACCAUCCCCAUCCAUGCUGACUUUGUCAUGGGGGCUGGAAUUAUCGAGCCCGCUUCAACAUUCAAUUGGACUGUUGGUGCUGGCGAAGCUGUUGAGUCUAAGAAAAAGCGAAAUGUUUACGUUCACCUCCCUAUGACCAAGCAGGGCAAGUCCAAGAUCAUGCUUGAUGGUCGGGAGGAUGCUGUGCUCGAAGAAGGCGAUGGUGCUUUUGUCACGAUGGUUAAUGCUGGCGAUGCCCUCCGUGUGGAGAGUGUUGGUGAGGUUGAGGCUGAAGUUAUUGUACUGGACAGCAGUUGA